GCGUGGUUAGACUUGGUUCUCAAAUUUCUCUCAGUGCGCAAGUACAUGUCAUAAACAAUAACAAGCUCAUAGCUAGGAGCGAGAGCUAGUUGCUUACUUUACUUUAUCAUUAUAAUCAAACGUCAUGGAGGCAGAGAUGGAACCGGACGAAAAAAGGCCGAAUUCGGAGUUACGGAAGGUGCGUUCCCGCGACGCGGCGCGGUCCCGCAGGAGUCAGGAGACUGAGGUGCUCUACCAGCUGGCGCACACCCUGCCCCUCCCCCGCCGCGUCUCCUCCCACCUGGACAAGGCUGCCAUCAUGAGGGUGACGCUCAGCUUCCUUCGCAUGCACCACCUCCUCCGCCCAGGCGGUGAGAAGAUGGAGGAGGACAAGGAGGAGCCGACAGACCGAUUCUUUCCCAGGGCCUUGGCAGGGUUCAUCAUGGUGCUGACUGAGGAGGGCGAUAUGAUCUUCUUGUCCGAAUGUGUCAGCAAACACAUCGGUAUCACACAGUUGGAGCUGCUGGGACAGAGCAUUUACGAUUUCGUCCACCCCUGCGACCAGGAGGAGCUCCGGGACGUCCUGACUCCCAAAUCAGGCCAGUCCAAGAAGAAGCAGUCAGACCAGUGGACUGAACGAGACUUCUUUCUGAGGGUUAAGAGCACACUGACCAGUAGGGGGCGCACUGUCAACAUCAAGUCCGCCACUUGGAAGGUUCUGCACUGCACGGGUCACAUGAGGACCUACAGCGGCGAGGGCGACGCAUCGCCCCCCGCUGGCAGCUACCUGACGCUGCUGUGCGAGCCCAUCCCCCACCCGUCCAGCGUGGAGUUCCCCCUGGACUGCAGCACCUUCCUCACCCGCCACAGCAUGGAUCUGCGCUUUACGCAGUGUGAGGGCAGGGUGACUGAGCUUGUGGGAUACAUGCCCGAUGACUUGAUUGGCCGAUCCGCCUACGAGUUCCAUCACGCCCUGGACUCCGAUCAUGUGACCAAAAGCUUGCAUAUCUUGCUCGCUAAAGGCCAGGUGUGCACCAGUCACUACCGCUUCCUGGCCAAAAGCGGAGGCUUCGUGUGGGCGGAGACCCAGGCCACCGUCAUCUACAACAGCAAGACCUCCCAACCGGAGGCCGUGGUCUGCCUGAACUUCAUCCUCAGUGGGGUGGAGCAGGCAGAUGUGGUGUUCUCAGCUCAGCAGACCCCGUGUCUGGAGACCAAGAAAGAGCCAGAGAGUGAGGAGGAAGAGGUUGUCAUGGAAAUCAGCUCCAGACUCUUCUUCAAACUGAAAGAUUGUCCAGAGGAGCUACAACAGCUGGCACCUGCUUCAGGUGAUGAGGUUGUCCCCCUGACAGAACCAAAGGCACUUUCAUUCUUCCUGCCACCAAGCCCAGACUCUAUCCCAGAAUCCCCUCGUGAACUCUGUACCCCAGAGCUGCGGGAGCUCCUCUCACCGAUUUUUGAUGGGCCCAGUGCCCAACCCUCACCACCUCUGAGCUUGAGUGAGGAGCCAUUGGCCGAAGACAUGGUUAAGAAGUUCUUUGCUGCAAAACCAGAAGACACCUCCCAAGAGAAAAGCCAGCCAUUGGAUGUUGAGAACAUGGACCUCGAUAUGCUGGCUCCAUACAUCUCCAUGGACGACGACUUCCAGUUGACCUUCUUGAAUCCACUCCCUGAAAACCAGCUGUCCCCCCCAGACCCGACCACCGGCGUAAACAGAAAACGAGCUAUGACCGUUGAUGAAGAGACACCCUCACAGCACACCAUGCCCGAAAAGAGGAAGAGAGACACCUGCGAAGAAGAGAGGCUACUCCUGAGCCACGCUUUGCUGGCCAGUCUGGUGGAGGCAGAUGAAGCAGAGUUGGAGCCCCUCCCAUGCCACAGCCAGCUCCUGACGGACAGGGACCCCAUCCUGGGCGACACUGCAGCCUUGAUGAGAACAUUUUUGCCCCGCCCAUCGGACCCUAUUGGCCUGAAGAGGAGGCCCAUGUCUCUGGCUUAAGCUGGCCCAUAUCCCAGCAAGGGGGGGAGGAGUGGGAGGUAGGCCGACGUCCCAGGCUGGAUCCACCAGUGAGAACUCAUCCACGUUCCGCACUCUCUUCGCAUGUCCAGACUUUUAUUCUGCCUCAGCUGCAGCGCUCCGCAUCGUCCGUCCACCAACGCAGAGUCCCGCCUGGCAGCACCAUGCUCCCAUCACUAACCAAACCCGAAACCGAAAGAGGAAGGAGGGGGUUUCAAAUGGGACGAGGGCAUCUCAAAUUGCAUCCUCAUCCUUCAGUUUUUUACAGGACUGUUCCUGGACCAGAUUGGCAUGCUUUAUUUUACGGUUCAAAAACCCCUGUAGUUGGCAGUAAGGCAGUGGGGGACACCAUCACGAGGGGCUCAAUGGCAUCGUGAUGCCACUCUUUUAGUUCAGUUCAGAAGUGUCUGUAAGGGGCCAGCUACUCUUUAAAAGUUAAUCAAUAAUGAAUGGUGCUGACAAAGUCAGAAUCGGUUAGGGGAUUCUGGGAUUUAAAAAAAAAAAUAUACGCACAAGUAAGCACACCCUAAGAAGUACUGGAGUGAAGACACCUAUUUGGUUGGUAAUGACAACAUGCGUUUCUUGUGUGCUAUGAUCCUCAAAAGAACAAGAUUGACAUUUGCCUGUCAUAGUCUUCACUUCAGUACAAGCCACGUUCUCGUUUUCUCUUUUUUUCAUUUUCACAAAAUGAACUGCAUCAGUUACAUUAUAGUCUACUGCCAACCAAUAUUCAGAAGUAACAUAUUUGUAAAUCAAAAAUUAUACCUCAUUACAAUAUCAGGUAGCAUUAUUGAGUCAUUCUCUCAAACCCCGACAGCUUUUAUUAUACAAAGGUAAAUAAGCCAUAACUGUAGAACUAGAGGUGAAUAGUGAGCUCAAAUGAAAAGGCCUUGUUUUACCUCAAUAACACCGCAAGGAAAUGUUUGACAGCAUAUGCACCCCAAUACUCACGGUUGCUGACACUUAUCAGGUGGACUCACCAGGACAAAUAAUUCAGUGGCAUCUUUUUUUAUAUCAUCUUUUAUAUACUUUUACUUGCUAGAUUUUUUUAAGCCAUAGUAAUUCAAGAAUAAACACAUAGAAUUAAAUGUUAGGUUUUGAUGUCAGUACAUUCUGUGUGGAGGUACAGAAUACAAAUGAAUGAAUACUAGUUUUGAGGGGUUUUUUCUCUCGUUUUGUUAUGCUUGUUUGUCUAAUCCUAUAUAGUGUGCUAUUUCCGGGCUGCUUCAAUUAAAACUGGUUGUUAUGACUUUAACAUUUUUCUUUAAAGACUAUUGUUGCUUGUGUGUGAACCUUGUACAGUGGCACCCUAUACAAUGUGCCCUACUAAACAUUCUGAAAAUACACUGAUGGAAAGCGACAGUGAAAUUCCUUUUACCCAGACUGAGCCAUUGGGGAUUAACACAAGCUGACCCACCAACUGAUCAAUGUGACAAUCUCUUAUGUUGGCAGCAGGCUCAUUUGCGACUGUGAACAGCAGCCAUCUCGAUAAUGUGUUUUGCAUAGGAUUUUCACUGUAAAUUUGUUUUUGGGUGAAUCAAAGAAGAUUUUACUGCCAUGUAAUGAAAUGCUUAUAAUUGCUUCCUUUUGCUUUUUAAAACAAGUUCUCAUCUGGUGUGUAACAUGUAUGUCAAGCGCUGGCUGUAAACUCCCAGAGUUUCUGUCAGUUUAUGACCUAAAAUUUUACGGGGAAAAGCAGGGAAAAAAAACAUUAUUUGUAAAUCAAAUACAUGAAAUUGCCUUCUGCCAACAGGUCUUUUUUUAUCUGCAUACCUCUUUCCUAUUUUUAAGCUAGCUUUUUAAAAUCCUAGCUUUUUAAAAUAUUUAAAAUGAAAACAGUCAGGUACUCCAGACCGCGAUUUGUGAUUGUAUAUCUGUAAUAUUAAAUGUUUACAGAAACAUUAAGCUGGCUUUGAUAAAGAAAAACGAAGUUGCAGAGCUUGACUGCAAGCUUGUCCAAGUUCCUGAGGAUAAAUAAGAUAUCUUCCAUGAUCAAAAUAUUGUCAUGGGUUAGAAACGCUCGCGUUUAUCGUGAUUAUGAUAAUUACAGAUGAUUUGGCAUUUAGUAGACACUCUUGUUCAGAGUGACUUGCACUCCUUUCAAUUUACAACACAAAUUACUGCUAUAAUCAGAGAAUAUAAUUUCAGAUUAAAGUAUUUCCCUAAUUAACACUGGCAGGGCUAAUGCUUUGCUGCCCUGCGGAAUUACUUUUACGUCCCAAUGCGUCUCAAAUCAGUUUGUUACAGGUCUGCAACGUUACAGUUGUGCGGAAAGUGCUUUUCUUUAUUGCGACUGCUCAGUUGUGUUUUCUGCAGUUUUCUUUCACCCACGAGAGAAUGCAUUUUUGCAAUUCGGCGCAGCUUCAUGGCAUUAUGUCUUUCAAGUAGCCCUACGUUAAGAAAUGCGUUGCAUUAAAAUGCGUUCAAAGCAUCCCAUGUACUUGUACUUCCAUUGUGAAUCCUGUUUUAUAUUCUAAAGUGGCAAGGACAUGAUACAAACAAUUUGUGUGGGUGCCUCAAGUCUUACGUUGCCUAAUUAAGAAUGGGUAAUGGAGGACUAUUACGAAUAACUACUGCCCGAAAAUAAAUUGUACCUAAAAUGUAAAAUGUGAAAAUGUUUUCCCUUUUAUUUUUGAAAGACAACGUAUGUUUUAUUUCACAUAAUUUUCACAGUGUAAACCCAUGUAUCUAUCACUGACUAAAAAUAAAGACAUUUUACCAUUGA